AUGGUGUUGGAUCGCCAAGAGAUCUGCCGACUGCGCCAGAGCUUGCGCCAAGACGCGCCCAAGUCAGCCCCGCCCCCGUCUCGCAGCACGCCAAAGCCACGUGCAAACGAGCCGACCAACCUCUUUAAGCGCGUCGUGAACCGUCAAGUGAGCGGCAUCCAGGGCCCGCUGCCCGAGCAUCCCGAUGCAGACGACGCGCUUGCAGAGCAGCUCCACCAACUCAAGGCCUACUACGAAGACAAGGUGUCCACACUCGCAGCCCAAGUGGCCGACAUGACAACGCAGCUAAGCAAUGCCGCCAUCGAAAAGACGUGCUUGGAAAACCAAGCAAACGAGAUGCAGGCCCUCGUUGAGACCCAGUACGAAAAGCUGCGACGCGCAAGUGACGAGCGCGCGAGCUUGAUGGCGUGCGAGCGGGAACACUACUGGAAACGCAUCGAAGACGACUCGUCGGCGUUGACGCGGCAGCUGGACGACCUCGUCGCUCGCAUCAAGGGCCUCGACGCUGCCCGCACGGCGUUUGAGAUCGAGUACGACCAGCAGCUCCGGGCGUGGACCGCGCAAAAGGAUGACUGGGACCACCGGAUGCAACAGAUGCAAUUUCACGAUGAUACUAAUCGCAAAGCGAUCCACGACCUGAGCACGCGAUUGCAAGCGGUCGACGUUGCCAAGGGACACGCCGAGGCGACGAUCGAGACGCUGCAGCACGCGAACCGCCAACUGCACGCGCAGCUGGACGAAUGCACGCAAACGCUCCAAGGGCAGCUCCAGCGCAUGCGCGACACCGACAUGGCGAGCUGGACGCUCAAGCAGCAGCUGCAACGCACAGCGAACGACACGCACGUGCUUUCGACGCGCUGUGCCAAGGCCGAGGCGACUGUCGAGCAGUUGACGCUCAGCGCCGAGGGUCUCAAGGAUACGAUUCGCACCCUCACGAGCGAAGUGCAGCGGCUGGUGGGCAUGCUCCGCGACCAAGAAGGCGUUUUGGAAGCCAAGGAGCGCAGCCUGACCAAGCUGCGUCGAGAGCUCGGCGAGACCCACGACCGGCUCGCCGACGAGGAGGAGCGCAAGCUCGAAGCGCAAAAGGACGCGAGCUCUCUCUCCCAACGGUACUACAUUUGUGCCGCCAUCGACCUGCUAUGUAUCUAUCGGUGGUAG